AUGCCAACUUCUACCUCUGAGGCGUCAACCCAGGUUUCGGACCAGUUGAACGCUCUCAAGUACACCCUAUUAGGGGAUACCUUCGCGAAAUGGAAUUUGAUGGUUUCGGGACAAGACGUUAUCGAGAAGGUAGUGGACGUCGCUUCGUGUGGUGGUAAUCUAGCAGUUGAAGCCUUGGAUGUCCUGCUGAGCUUUCUGAACUUUAGUAAUGAGAUUAAGGCUGAGAUGGGGCCUCGAUACUAUGAAGUUGUCACGAACAUCACCCAAAAAUUGCAGAUUUCAUCUGCAGACCCCGACAUCAUCCUUCUAAGAAAAUUGCAACUGGCGAACAUCUGCGCUGGGGACUACGAGCCCGCUUCUAUGGUAGCGGACUUACAAACUUGCUUUCUGGAUGUUGUUAAGUAUAAGCGCCGGCGCUUUCUCUCAUCAAAGCAUCGCAUGGCAAUUAUAGUGGAGCUACUUGCGUGCCUCUCUAAGAACGAUGGUGGACUGGAGCCGGAGGUGAAGCCCGCUACACAGCAGUUAUUACUAGACUUUACACGCAAGUACGCAGACCAGCUAAGCUUUCGGUACCUCUUCGAAAAAAAAGCCGAUCACAGCCAUGCUUCAAACUUGCAAGAUUAUGAUCCGCUCAGAAAUCCGGGUAUCGGCAGCAAGCUCACCAUGCCGCUGCAAACGUGCCCGAACCAGGUUGACAUCUAUGACCCUCUAGACCGUCCAAGUUUUGCUUUCUCACUCAACGUCUAUCUACGGAUGCUUGAGUCGUCUUCAGCAGCCUUCCUUGAAACAAAUAAUCUUUGGGAAUGCGGCCCCUUCGUCCUUUUGACAUCAAGCUUUCUGAAAAGCGAUGACCUCGUUCUGAAGUGCUGCGCUCUUAGAUUCUUUGCGUACCCUUACAUUUGUCGACAGGAGCUGGAACUUAAACGCGAGCCUUUAGAGUUGUGGCUGCCUCACCUCGUAGAGUGCUUUAAUUAUGACAAUAUACCCUGGUGGUUCGACCCUUUUGAUACUCUCAUACGCCUUGUUGACCACUACAAUGAAACGACGCCACUUAACAACCCAGUCUCUAACUUUUUAUUUGAUACAAAAACAACAAACGGUAUUGUCCGCUUGUUAGCAGGGUUUUUAAGCCUUGAGCAGCAAAACGGGAGUACAAUCGAUAUUGUAUUCAAGCUAAUAAAGCUGUGCGCGUCCCUCACGAGUUUUGAUGAGAAGACGCGGAAGCUUCUUCUCGUGGACAAAGCAAUACUUUACCAUGCAGAAUCAGGUCUUCAGUCACAUCUGAAUUUACUCAAACGCUUUCUUAGUCAUAAGGACCAGCAUCUAGAUGAACUCAAAGACGUGACUGUUCCACCCAUUUAUGACAGUGGCCUAACGUUAUCAUGGAUCCUGCUUCUUAAGUCUUUCUCCAGAAGCGUUACUGCGCUGAGGACAUUUUUGAAGCGCAAUAAACUUGCCAGCCUACUGCUAGAGCUAGUGAAGGUCAUUUUUUCGCUAACUAAAAGUUACAAUUUUGAUGGUGAACAGCUCAUAAAGGCAGAAAUCCAAAUUAUGAGUGCCGCGCUAGGAGUUUUGUCCAACUUUGUCGUCGAAUUUUCGAACUUGCAGUCCUUUGUCAUCGAGAAUGGAGUCAUGGACAUUGUGGGGAGCAUUCUUAAGGACCCUUUUUUCAAUGACAAAAUCGGUGGAAGCGCCGAGAUGCCAUACUGCGCUGCUUCACAAAUAUCUACUGCUGGAGUGCAGACAAACGCUCUGUGGGUUUUGAGACACCUCAUGUAUAACUCGCACAAUGAUGAAAAGCUAGAGCUUUUAUCGAUUAUUCCUAUGGAGGUUAUUUUGCAGUUUGUGAAUAACCGAAACUGGCUGGUCCAAGAGCAAUGCUUUCAGCUCCUGAGGAACCUGACUUGCAAUUCCAGGAGAGUGGUGAACAUGUUACUUGAAAGUUUCAGCGAUUCUGACUCGUCGCUUGACAGCAGCAAAAGCGGUGGCCGCAUUGAGUCCACAUACUUAUUCGAAUUCCUUGCCCACAAGCUCAAGAUGCUUGAUUCAAAUGAUUUGAAUCAGCGGAAAACUCUCGAGGGCGUUCUAUAUGUCAUUGUGAACAUCACUGCGACUAACGAGAACAAAAGACAGCUUGUUAUUGAGCAGGAUGAGUUACUGCGAUUGAUAAAGUCUAUCCUCGCUGAAAACGCGGAAAGCGACCACACAGCGCAUUCCAAAACUGACAUUCAAAUUGCCUCUCUCUGGAUACUUACCAAUCUAAUAUGGGCCUCUACUACCUCGAACUUCCACAUGCAUGCGACAGAGCCGCACUCAGUCAUGGACUUAGACGAAACCAACCCCACCAGAUCUGGUGGAAGCGAAGAUAUGCAACAAAACAAGACGCAGUCUCAAGAAAGCGACGACCCCUACGAUGAAGAUAUGAGUGAUUCAUUCAAGGAAGACGAUGAAGAAAAUCAGGAUGAAGAAGGCGGAGGAAGUUCUCCUUUCGCGGACAAUACGGGAUUAAUUGACAGGUUCGAAAGAGACAAACAAGUUCGUGGUGCUAGCAAGCUCAAAAUAUCGGCUGCCGAAAGAUGCUCCAAGUUGGUUAAAAUGGGGUUUUAUGAUAUUGUUAAGCUAAAGACCCUUGACACUCAGCUGCGAGUCCGUGAACAGGCUAAAUUGUUAUUAUUCCAUAUGGAGCUACUUCGUAAAGGCGUUCAGGAAUGA